UGACCCCUUACGGGCUCUCUCCCGGCAGGACCUCAGUGAACGUAAUGAAGGACAACUAUGAGCAGCAGGUGGAGAUGCUGCGGCGGCAGAACGAGCAGCUGGUGGCUCAGCUGCGGCAGGAGCGGCAGGACACGGCGCGGGAUCGGGCAGAGCUGCUGGCACAGCACCGGCUGGAGCUGCAGCAGCUGCGGGAGCAGCACCGGCUGGAGCUGCAGCAGCUGCGGGAGCUGCAGAGGGAGUCUGUCGAGGAACUGCGCAAGAAACACGAGGAGCAGCUCCAGCACAUCAAGUGGCUGAAAGAGAGAGAGAUGGAUGUGCUGACCGGCACCAUUUCACACAUGAGGUCUCUGGACAGCAUCAUUGAGAGGAUGGAGAAGUUCUCCAGUGACCUGCAGAACGUGUGCAGGAGGAGCAUGGAGGAGGAGCAGAGCCGUGUCCAGGAGCUGGUGGCCAACACGCAGGCCAGGCUGGGCGAGCAGACUUGGCUGCUGGAGCAGGAGCGGGCAGAGCUGAAGAUCCAGCGCCAGGAGCUGAAAGCCAAGGAGGAGCAGCUGGCGAGAGACAGGCAGAGGCUGGACGAGGCCUGGCAGGAAAUGCGGCUGGAGAAGGAGAAGGUGAUCGGGGCCGUGCAACCUGUCCAGAAGCAGCAGGAGAUGAUUAGAAGCACAAAGGAGCUCUUGGCCCAGAAGCACGCAGAGGGGGAGCGAGCCCUGGGGGAGGCACGCAGGAUGCAGUCCGAGUUCUGGGACAAGCUGCAGGUCCUGCAGCAGCAGGAGGAGCAGCUGAAGCAGCAGGAGGAGCAACUGAGGCAGGAACAGGAGCAGCUGAAGCAGCAGGAGCAGUUGAAGCAGUAGCAGGAGCAGCUGAAGCAGCAUCAGGAGCAGAUGAAGCAACAGCUGGAGCAGAUGAAGCAGCAGCCAGAGCAGCUGAAGCAGCAGCUGCAGCAGCUGAAGCAGCAUCAGGAGCAGCUGAAGCAGGAUCAGGAGCAGCUGAAGCAGGAAAAGGCCUCCGUAUCUUCCAUGUUCAGUGCCCAGAUGCAGCUGCUGAAGUUCCAGGCCCAGCAGGGGGACAAAGAGUUAGAGAAGCAGAGAAUCUUCUUGGAGAACCUCAAGAAAGUACGAUACAACACUGCACAACUGUCAACAACCCCUCCAUCUUCCUCCCGUUCUGUGGACGAUACCAUUGAGUAUACGCAUGCAUUAAUAGAGGCCCUGAGGAAAGCAUCUCCACUUGUGCAAGUCGUCGACCUGUCCUCCAUUCUUCUGCCUCCCAUUACUUUCAGGACCCUUUAAUCAGGCUCUGCCCCAGUGUCCAUUCUGACAGAUCUGCUUCUGUCGUGACUUGUAAUAAUAUCGGAUGUGAGACUGUGGGUACGCGUUAGAGGCCUCAAGGAUUUCAGGAGUUCGCUUGGACACGUUAGCGAGGAUGCUUAAUAAAAAGAAAGGGAGGACUGUUACAGAAUAAAUGUACUCACAUAAAUUCCUUUAGUUGUAUUCUCUGCUUCGACAUAUCGAGAUAAAGACAGAGAAAAAACUGCCUGGAAGACAGAGGAAGAGAAUCCAAGAAGAAACAACGAAGGCCCCAGACCCAAAAUUACCACUGGACCAACAGGCUCGUGAAAGAUGCGUGAAGAGCGGGUGCACAGACUGGGGGGGUUUACAAGCCCAAGUCUCUUUCGUCUCACGCUCCUCCUGCUGAGAGGCCCCACGUCCAGACUGUUUCUUUGCUGUUAUGUGGUUAUUUAUGGAGAUCCCGAGGAAAGCGCCCUGCAACACUUCACCUCUGCCCGCGUCCCGACCGUCCUCCCUUCUCUGGAUGAAGAGAAGCCGCUACAUUAAUGUGGACUCUGGUAAAGUUACAAAGACGUACCCAUCAUUAACCCAUGACGUGCUAAAUGCUUUCUAACCAGCUGCAAAACAAGGGGAUAUUUUUCAAGUUUUAAAUCCCUCUGCCUGACAAAGAGAUCAGAAGAUGAAGGAACACGUUGUUUAGAAGCAGAGCUUAGCUUAUAUUUGACUAGUAAUUAAUAGUAAGAAACUCAUCCGUUAUAACUAACUUCAUACUAACCUUAUGUUAGCUCACAGGAAAGAGAUUGGAGAACCACCUGGUGAUAAUGUGAAUAUAGAAACCUUGCUGACAUAAUCAGUCACCAUUGUAUAAAUUAAAUGAUGAGGAAAAAUGGCCCCUGAAUGAAACUCUGAAUGAUGCCUCGUUAACGUUCUUCUUGAAGAGAGAAGGCAAGUGCAGUCAAGUGAUGGAAGCUGAUAUGUUUUCACUUUGCGAAAACACCCAGAGUGGCAGGCAGAAUGUGGUAUUAACUUGCCACCCCAGGAUCCAGCUGUGUUCACAUUAAAAAGGGAGCAGAAUAAAGCUCAGGAGAAGCUGAAACCAUGUUGUUCAGCAUGUAGAAUAAGACAGAAAACUCGCCUGAUGAGAGGGGAGGGUGAGAUAGAAGACUGCGUGUCCCCACAGGGCGUGGAAUUGAAGAUGAUGUGCCUUCAGCUUCCGAGCUGGUGAAACUGUGCAGAAAGAAGAGAAAAACAUGGAAAAGAAGCUGAGAUUUUAGAUUUUAGUUGAGACUGGAACUCUUGAUUCAGUUUUGAAUCAGGAAUUGAUACCAUUAGAUGAAGAUUUUGUACCUGUGGUGGGAGCUACUGGCCAAGGAGACAAAGCUUUCUUCAUCAGCCAAUCCAAUAGAAACUGGAAAACAAAAUGCAAUUCCUAAGUUCUUAUCUAUGCCCGGGUCUCCAAAACCGUUACUGAGACGAGACUUAGGAAAAAAAUUGCAAGCAAUAAUAACAUUUAAACAAGGUGAAGUGACAUUCCAGAUAAAAGAACAGCCACAGAAACCAAAGAAGGCUGUAUGCAAUGCACUGCAAGUUUGCUAAAUUGGGUG